AUGGGAGUUCAAGGACUUUGGAAACUGCUCGAAUGCGCUGGGAGACCUAUAAACCCAGAAAUGCUUGAAGGAAAAAUUCUUGCUGUUGAUAUCAGUAUUUGGUUGAACCAAGCAAUAAAGGGAGCCAGAGAUCAUGGUGGUAAUUCCAUACAAAAUGCUCACCUUCUCACUCUGUUUCAUCGACUCUGCAAGUUACUGUUCUUCCGCAUUCGGCCUGUCUUUGUUUUUGAUGGAGAGGCACCACUUCUGAAGAGACAAACCUUGGCUAAGCGAAGACAAAGAAAGGAAGUUGCCAUCAGUGAUUCCAGGAAAACUACAGAGAAACUCUUGAAAACAUUUUUGAAGAGACAAGUUAUCAAAACUGCUCUUACGGGCAAAAGCAAUGAAGUUUUGCCCAGUAUUACACAAGUUCGAAGAGAAGAAAUUGAUGAUAUAUAUGUAUUGCCUUCUUUAGAGAAAGAAGAGAAGAACAGCUCAGAGGAGGAAGAUGAAAAAGAAUGGGAAGUGAGAAUGAGCCAAAAAAAGAUGUUGCAGGAAGAGUUGUGUGAAAAUCCUCAUUCUGUAGAUAUUGAAUCAGAAGAUUUCAACAAGCUGCCUCCAGAAAUAAAACAUGAGAUCCUGACUGAUAUGAAAGAAUUUACAAAGCGAAAAAGAACAUUAUUUGAAGCAAUGCCAGAGGAGUCCAAUGACUUUUCCCAGUACCAGCUUAGGGGUUUGCUUAAGAAAAGCAACCUCAAUCGGUGCAUAGAAAAUGUACAAAAAGAAUUGAAUCAACAGCACUCGGGUGAAAUCCAAACGCAAUAUGAAAAUGAAGGUGGUUUUGUGAAAGAAGUGGAAUCUAGGAGGGUAGUCUCUGAAGAUACUUCUCACUAUAUCCUAAUAAAGGGUAUUCAAGCAAAAGAAGCUACAAAUAGAGACUUGGAAACUACUGCAGGAGCCUCAUCAAAAGUGCUUGAAUUUACUAAAUUGAAUAAAACCAAUGAAUCUCCUGCUAAUGCAUCUGACAAGUUGCAGAUGGAGAAAGAUAACAAUGUGAUGACAGCACCACCCUCUCCUCGGACUUUGCUUGCUAUCCAGGCAGCUAUGGUAGGAAGCAGCUCAGAAGAAGAAGUGGGGGAUGAAGAUACAGGACAACUGAACGUGGACCAGUCUGUAACAGAGGAAGGCAGUGUGUCUCCAGGGUCACUACAGGCAAUUCAGCAAGCUUUGAGUGAUGGUUAUAAAAAGGAGGAAGUUGUUGCUGUUAGAACUGAUGGAGUGCUACCAGAAAGAUCAGAAGUCAAGGAUUUUCUGCUUAGUAGCUCAGAUGAGGAAGAUCAGAUUCCUGAAGUUAAGGAGGGAAAAAAACCCCCUACAUCUACAAUUCAUUCGUCAAACCAAGUGAUUACGCAAGACACUGAAUUUGAACAAGAGAGUCAGGAGUUCAAAAAAAAUCCUAUUAUGCUUCCGGAUGCCAGUAUAUCCAGAGCUGAAAAUUAUUCUUGUGUUGGUAAUACUACAAAAGGCAAAAAAGAUGUAGACAAAGAAGAAAAUGGUUCCAAAACAGAUGUAAAUUAUUUGGGAGAUAAGGAUAUAAACUUGUGCAUGCAGAAGCCCAGCUAUUCCCCUGUACAAAUUAGUGUAGGGGCUUUGGUUCAUGCUGAAACAACAGACCUUUCUAAACAUGAGGAAAACGUGAAAAUUUCUGAAAAUACAGAGGAGACACAUUCUCUUCUGUUUGUGAAAUUGUCUGAGGUACAAAAGGAUAUUAUCCUUUUUCCAGAAGCAAAACGUCCUGAGGAGGAAAGAGGAGGGUUAUCACAAUCUGAAGACAGUGAUUCUGAUGGAAGCUUUAUUGAAGUGGAUACUGAAAUCAGUAAUGAGUCUGAGUUUCCUACUAAAUAUGAUGAAAAACUGGGUGAUGAAACAGCACUUCCAGAAGUGGAGAUGGACAGACAUGAUACCGUCACACACGACUUGCUGAAGGAGUCUGAUGAAGUGCAGCUGGCAAAUGAUCAGAAUGUUGAAAGAGAAGAUGAUGGUAAAGAUGCAGCGGAUGAGUGGCAAGACAUCAGUUUGGAAGAACUAGAAGACUUAGAAAAUGAUCUUUCUGCUGAGCAGAAUAUGCUUCAGGCUCAAAAACAGCAGCAGGAACGUGUUGCUGCUUCUGUAACAGGACAGAUGUUCUUGGAAAGCCAGGAGCUUCUCCGUCUGUUUGGCAUUCCAUAUAUUGAAGCUCCGAUGGAGGCAGAGGCACAGUGUGCUAUAUUGGACCUUACUGAUCAGACCUCUGGGACAAUCACUGAUGAUAGUGAUGUUUGGUUAUUUGGUGCACGACAUGUUUAUAAAAAUUUCUUCAGUCAAAACAAAUAUGUGGAAUAUUAUCAGUACGUUGAUUUUCAAAACCAGCUAGGGUUGGAUCGAAGCAAGUUAAUUAAUUUGGCAUACUUGCUUGGAAGUGACUACACUGAGGGCAUCCCAAAUGUUGGCUUUGUAACAGCGAUGGAGAUUUUAAAUGAAUUUCCUGGGCAUGGAUUGGAACCUCUCUUAAAAUUUGCUGAGUGGUGGAAUGAGGCUCAGAAGAACAAGAAAGUGAGACCUAAUCCACAUGAUACCAAAGUCAAGAAGAAGCUGCGGGAGCUGCAGCUUUCUUCAGGUUUCCCAAAUCCAGCAGUGGCAGAAGCAUACCUGAAGCCUGUGGUGGAUGAGACGAGGGGUUCGUUCACCUGGGGGAAGCCUGAUGUAGAGCAGAUCAGAGAAUUCUGUCAAGAUCACUUUGGCUGGACUAGGACAAAGAUAGAUGGGAUCCUUUUACCUGUGAUAAAACAGCUGAACUUGCAGCAGACUCAGCUUCGAAUUGAUUCAUUCUUCAGACUAGCACAGCAUGAAAAACAAGCUAUUAAAAGUCAGAGACUACGCAGAGCUGUGACUUGUCUGAAGAGAAAGGAAAAAGAAGCAGCUGAUGAAAUUCGGGAGGCCACUGCUGUUACAGAGAUUGAACUUAAACAGCAUGAGGAAAGGAAAGGGAAGAGUACUGCAGGCUGUGCAAAUCAUCAAGCUGUGGCAACAGAAGUCCAAAGUGGAAAGAGAAGAAAACAUUCAGAUUCCAGAAAAGAACAUUUAUAUGGAGGUGGUUUUAUUGGGAAUUUGCAUCUUUCAGAAACUUCUAGUGACUCCUCAGUAGACGAAUUGGACAGCAGAGAUUUAGGCAAGAGAAAAAGGAGGAAAAAUGUCUCUGCAAUGGAGGCAGCGGACCAUGAAGAGAAAAAGGAGUGCAGUAGCUCAAGUGGUGAAGAUGAACAACUGGGAAACGUAGUCAUGGUGACUGCCAAACCUGUGUUUGAGGGCAGAAAAAAGAAAUCACAGAGUAAGGGGGGAAGAAAAAAGAAGAAGUCUUAAAGAAAAAGUGUCUUUAAAAAGAAAGACUGUGUGCUCAUGGUUUUUAUGACUUAAGCUUUGUAAAUAUUCUACAGAAUUUUUUGAUAAAUAAUAAAUUAUC